UUAAAUUUAAUUAUAGUACAUACUGCUAGGUAGAUCCAAAAAAAUUCAAUAAGGUUGAAUAAGGUUUUCCUUUCAUAAAUCUGUGUUGACUCUCCCAUCACAUUGAGAUUUUCAUAGUUUCCUCUUGUGACUUCUCUCAUCCUGUAAUAGAUUUUUUUUCUCAAGCUCACUGCCAGGUUGAUAGACCCUAGUCUCCUCUCCCUCUCUAUCCUUUCUUGAAAAGUAGAAUUACCAUCCAGUCCCCUCGGACUUUUCAGAAUGAUUACAUCCCGUGCAGCCAUUAUCAAUUUUAAAAUCAGUUGAACUUAUCAAAUAUAGAAAGUUAAGCCCCAUUCAUUUCUCUGGUACCUUUUCUUUGCUAGCUUUAAUCACUCUUAUUAGACCUGUCGCUUCCUGCAAUUUCUCUUAUUGUUUCUGCCUGAUACUGCGAAGAUAGACCUAAAGGAUACGUUUUCAAUGCUCAGUGUAGGUGGUAGUGGAAACCGGUGGACCUGGAAGUUGUCAUCACUGGUUUGCCGAGACCAGGAACAGCGUCAGACUGACAGGAAAUCGAUAAUGUUCAGUGACAUGGAUUUUGAAAUAGAAGAAGAUAAACUGGGUAUUCCGAUUGUGCCUGGGACCGUGACACUUAAAAAGGAUUCUCAGAAUUUAAUUGGGAUCAGCAUUGGAGGAGGGGCUCAGUACUGUCCCUGUUUAUACAUUGUGCAGGUCUUUGACAACACUCCUGCUGCUCUCGAUGGUACACUGGCCGCAGGUGAUGAAAUUGUCGGAGUGACCGGGAAAUCGGUGAAGGGAAAGACGAAAGUCGAGGUGGCCAAGAUGAUUCAAGCUGUGAAGGGAGAAGUUACAAUUCACUACAAUAAACUCCAGGCCGAUCCUAAACAAGGCAAAACUUUGGAUAUUGUUCUGAAGAAAGUCAAACACAGGCUGGUGGAGAAUAUGAGUUCUGGAACAGCUGAUGCUCUGGGUCUGAGCCGAGCCAUUCUGUGUAACGAUGGUCUCGUGAAGAAACUGGAAGAACUGGAGAGGACAGCAGAACUAUACAAAGGAUUGAUGGAACACACAAAGAGGCUGCUGAGAGCGUUCUUUGAGCUGUCACAAACACACCGAGGAUUCGGGGAUGUGUUUUCUAUUAUUGGCGUCAGGGAACCACAACCUGCUGCUAGCGAGGCUUUUGUCAAAUUUGCAGAAGCUCAUCGCAGUAUCGAGAAAUUUGGCAUACGACUGCUGAAAACGGUGAAGCCAAUGCUGAGUGACCUGAACACUUACCUCAACAAAGCCAUUCCUGACACCAAACUCACCAUCAAAAAAUACCUCGAUGUUAAGUUUGAAUAUUUGUCAUAUUGCUUGAAGGUGAAAGAGAUGGAUGAUGAAGAAUACAGCUGCAUAGCUCUGCAGGAGCCUCUGUACCGAGUUGGCACAGGAAACUACGAAUACCGCUUAAUCCUCCGCUGUCGUCAGGAGGCCCGAGCACGUUUCGCCAAAAUGAGGAAGGAUGUUUUGGAGAAAAUUGAACUUUUGGACCAAAAACAUGUUCAGGACAUCGUGUUCCAGCUCCAACGCUUUGUCUCUGCGAUGUCCAAAUACUACGAUGAAUGUUACGCUGUCUUAAAAGAUGCUGAUGUGUUUCCCAUUGAGGUGGAUUUGACGAAAACAAUGUUGAACUACAGUCCCAAGGAUAUUUAUACCGACGCAGAGGAAGAGGAUGAGAAGGAGAAUGAGGAAAAUGGAGAGAAAUUAUUUGAUGAUGAAUAGAACUAAUUUUCCUGUCUGGACAGAAAAUUGAAACUCUUUACACAAUCAAAUCUGAAAUGUGCUGUGUAUAGUUUGAGUGAUGAACUGUUUUAUUUAUGUCUCAAAUGGAUGCAACCAUUAAUCCCCAUUAGGUCCUUACACUAAAUACAAAUGUUUUAUGGGCACGCACUUUAUUCACACCUGACCUUGUUUUAUUGUGUCCUGUUCAGCGUGUCCUUUGUGUCUGAGUCUUUAGGCAUGAGGGAUGUGCAGUUCUGUGCCUAUAUGAAGCUAACAGUAGUGACAACCCUUUGUUUCAUGUUAACCUAUUCACCAAGGGACUUGAGUUUUUGACUCAGGCAUUCCCCCACCUCAACAAGCAUCACUCACGUGGUCCUGAGGUUUUCUUUAUUCUCUUGUGGGAUGUGGGUGUCAUUGGCUGGGCCAGCAUUUAUUGCUCAUGCCCUUGAGAAGGUGGGGUAGAGAGCUGCUUUCCUGAAAAACUGCAGGCCAUGUGCUGGAAGUAGACCCACAAUUCCAGGAUUUUGACUGGAAGGAACAGCAAUAUAUUUCCAAAUCAGGAUGGUGAGUGCAGGGGAACUUGCAGG